AGUCGUGUGAUUAUGUUCGGCUCCUUUGACACUAGGCUAUGUUAUAUGGAUACACAGUAUUUGGGUUUCCAGCCAACUGACUGCUGCCGUGUAUUGGAGGGGGUUCGGUUGAACCGGUUUACUUUUUAAAUACUGGCGACUCUCUGUACAGUGUAGAGAGCCAUGUCUCCGUCAGUACCCCUGCAGGAGAUGAUCCGAGCCAUCAGGUCAGCGAGGACACAGUGUGAGGAGCGGGGUGUCAUCCAGAGGGAGUGUGCAGCCAUCCGGGCACAGUUCAGACAAUCGGACAAUGGGGGGCGAUCGCACAACCUGGCCAAGCUGCUCUACGUGCACAUGUUGGGCUACCCCGCUCACUUUGGUCAGAUGGAGUGUGUUCGGAUGAUAGCCAGCCCUCGCUACAGCGAGAAGCGUGUCGGGUAUCUGGGAGCCAUGAUGCUGCUGGAUGAGAAGCAGGAUGCCAGCUUGCUCAUCACCAACUCCAUCAAGAAUGACCUUUCUCACAGUAACCAGUAUGUGCAGUCUCUGGCUCUGUGCACACUGGCCUGUAUGGGUUCAGCUGAGAUGUGCAGAGAUCUGGCACCAGAGAUUGACAGGCUGCUCCGAGCCUCCAACUCCUACAUAAAGAAGAAGGCUGCUCUGUGUGCUGUUCACAUUGUGAGAAAAGUCCACGAUCUGGGAGAGCUUUUUGCCCCCGCAGCGCGGUCCCUCCUUGCUGAGAAGAACCACGGUGUGUUACAUGGUGCUGUGGUGCUCAUCACUGAGCUGUGUAAGCGGAAUCCAGAGACACUAGAGCGGUUCAGAAAAACAGUGCCAGAUCUGGUUCAGAUCAUGAAAGGUCUGGUCAUAUCGGGUUAUUCCCCAGAGCACGACGUGGCAGGAGUCAGUGAUCCCUUCCUACAGGUACGCAUCUUGAGGUUGCUGAGAAUUCUCGGUCGCAACAAUGAGGUAGCCAGUGACGCUAUGAACGACCUACUAGCUCAGGUAGCGACCAACACUGACAGCACUAAGACUGUGGGCAACGCCGUGUUGUAUGAGACUGUUCUUACCGUGCUAGACAUUAAGUCAGAGAGCGGCCUCAGGGUGCUGGCUGUGAACAUCCUGGGAAGAUUUCUCCUGAACAACGACAGGAACAUUCGAUACAUUGCCAUGAUCUCUCUUCAAAAGAUUGUCGGGACAGACCACAAUGCAGUGCAGCGCCACCGGGGAACCAUAGUGGACUGCCUGAAGGACCAGGACGCAUCUGUCAAGCGCCGUGCGUUGGAUCUCUCCUUGGCGCUGGUGUCUGCCUCCAACGUCCGCUCCAUGAUGAAGGAGCUGCUCGUCUUCCUCUCCUCCUGCCCCGCUGAGCUCAGGGCUCAAGCUGCCAGCGGCAUAUUCAACGCUGCUGAGCGGUAUGCGCCCUCCCAGCGCUGGCACAUUGACACCAUCCUGCAUGUCCUCACCACGGCAGGAGGCGACGUGAGAGAUGAAACGGUGCCCAACUUGAUCCAGCUUAUCACCAACGCCUCAGAGCUGCACUGCUACACCGUCCACAAGCUCUACCGGGCUCUGGUCACUGACAUCUCUCAGCAAUCCCUGGUGCAGGUGGCGUGCUGGUGUAUAGGAGAGUAUGGAGACCUGCUGCUGAGAGGAGAGUGUCAGGAGACUGAGCCUGUUCAGGUCACCGAGGACAACGUCCUGGACGCCUUGGAAACGGUUCUGCAGUCCCACAUGUCGUCCCCGGCGACCAGAGGCUUUGCUCUCACCGCCACCAUGAAAAUGAGCACACGUAUCACUGAUAAUGUGGAUCGGAUCAGAAGCAUCGUCAGCAUCUAUGGCAGCUGUAUCGAUGUGGAGCUCCAGCAGAGGGCAGUUGAAUACAAUGCUCUGUUCAAAAAAUAUGACCACAUGAGGGCAGCAGUGCUGGAGAGGAUGCCCGUGAUUGAGAAGAACUCCCCGGGUCAUACCAACGGAGAGUCAACAGGGGAGGCCAUCAAGGACAUACAACCAGCCAAAGUCAAGCAGGAAGAGCCACUGCUGCCCCAACACCCUGCUAACCAGGUGUGCGAUCUCUUGGACCUGCUGGGAGGCUCUGAGGAGACUCUGCAGCUCAGUGCAGCAGUAGGACCUGGCCUGCCCAUCAACACAGCCAGCACUGUAGGAGGAGACCUACUGGAUCUGCUGGGAGGGUUAGAGCUUCCAGCGCUCACACCAGCUCCGACAGUGCCGGUGUACGAGAAGCAGGGUGUGACUUUGACACUGAGUUGUGAAAAACAGUCAGAUUCGGGCCUGACAGUCACAUUAACAGCCUCCAACUCCACUGACUCUGACAUCAGUGGAUUCACCCUGCAGGCUGCAGUGCCCAAGAGUGUCCAGUUGCACAUGAAGGCCCCUAGUGGGGACUUUCUUCCUGCACGAGGCACAGCUACGGUGACCCAGAUGGUAAUCCUCAACAACCCAAACAAGGUGAACCUGAAGAUGAGGGUCCGCAUAUCUUACACCAGCCAAGGAUCAGCCUUUCAGGAUACAGUCCAGAUUGACUCCUUCCCUGGACUCAGCGCUGCCGGCCACUGACAGAGGCCACUCAGUCCAGCAGGGCUAUGAAAACAGUCUGUGAAUGAUUCAUCAGGCGUCGCCCUUCACUGGUGGAAGGUUUCUUUCUGCUGUCACACCCUCUACACUACAGUCCGAGCAGCUGUUUUUAAAUUCCUGAUUUUGUUGGUGUUUUUACGGCUAAAGAACACCGUUCUUUCACAAGAAAGCACAGCCUCAUACGUGAACUCACGUCAGUUCCCCCUCCUCUGGAAUCCAAGCGUAAAUGUGACUGAUGACAUUAUUUAAUAUGGCAGAAGCUUUGGAAUAUGCCGGUAUAAUAUGGAAAUUCUAAAAUAUUAGUUGUUUUUUGGGGGGAUUUUUGCAGUGAUAACUGUCCAGAGAAACUUUGUACCAUCCAGGUUUUUAUCGAAACUACUAAAGCUGAUUGUAGUUGAUGUUUCACUCCAAAAAUAUUUACUUUCAUGUGGCUCCUGUCAGUAAGUAUAAGCCACUAGAUAAAUUGUCCUCUCAUGUUAAUUCACUUUGAAUUCACUGAUUUCCUUUAUGAUAUAUUUGCCUUUGCCAUCUUAACUUUGUUGAAAGGCAGCUAAACACUUACUAAUGACCCACUACUAUUAUAAAAUGCUCUAAUCCAGUACACUUGAUUUUACUGGGAAACGCAAGGACAUGAGUAGAUUGAAGGGUGUAGGAUUUUAAACACAACCUUAUGUGUUGCAUUCACUUGUCCUCUGUUGCUCCUGUAUUUCAUGCCUCAUUCAGCUGAACAGUUGAGUAUCCACCUCCUAAUUAAUUCCCCUGUGCCUUUCAUCCCCUCAAGAAUUGAGGUUCUCUCAUACAAAAAAAAUGCAAUUAUAUUUAGUUAUGGAGGCCAAUAAAUGGUUUUAAAUGUAAGUGGUGUAGUCAUAAACAUGUUUUAUCUUUCCCAUUCAAGCAACACUUGCUUUUCCUGACCAGUAUCUCCUUGCCUAUUGUUUACAGAGGCUCCAGAGUUAUUUUUCCUGAAGCCUGUAUAUAGUGACAGAAGAAAAUGGGCAUGAUGCUGUCUACAAGAUGUAUAUUUUACUUAAGUAUAUAAGCACAAUUAGAAGCGUUUGAAGUCUUUGGGAAAUCUCUAAUACAACCCUUUGUUGUAGAAGGACAAGAGUAGGCUGUAAAACACAUCUUUUGAUGAAACCAGUGCAUCACCUCUGUAAUUCGAUAACUCACCUCAUAAUUAUCGACUUCUAUUAAAAAACACACUGGUGCUCUAAAUGGAUUUCAAUGCAAUCUCUACCAGACUGUUUCAGACCACUACCUUAACUAAACAGUCAAAACCAGGAUGAGUAAAUCUUCUGUUUCAUGUCAUUUUCUAAUAAAAAUCAGUUUUUAGAAUCCUCA